AUGCCUAUACCGAUCGAUCCGAGCCCCAUUAACCCUCACGUUCAUGAACGUGGAUGGCACAAGAGUCCGAUACCACAGAUUCUCGAAAACAUACCAGAUAAUUUGACCCUAAACAGGAAGCUGCAACAGAUCUUAUCGUGGUCUCUACAGCGGCCAGAAGACCAAGUAUUACAAACAAAAUCUGGCCUCACGUUCGCAGACAAUAUUGGAGAGGCUGUCCCUACAAAACCACAUACCGACCAGUCAGAAACAAAUUACACAUCAGACUUACCCGUGACGGAUGGUAGUGAUGCAUCUAGCACUACAUUCUCACCUAAAUCCAAUACUGCAGGUGGCUUUCGUUCUCGACUGAAGCAAAUACGACAAGAUAUAGCAACCAAAAUCGCCUCGAAAGAUCAGGGUAAAGCUCGUGUUACGGACGACUAUGCUUCAACUGGUUCGAAUGAGGUUGCUGAGAACAGAGAGUGCAUAAGCUGCUUCGAUGAAUUCAUGAAGGACAAUUUGGUCAUGCCUGAGAGCAAUGGUUCUGACGGCGAUGACAAAUGA